AUGACAAGGGGGCGUCUGUCACGUGAGCGUCCCAAGAUGGUGGCGGCCAAGCGGGCGCUUCCGUGGUUGGCGGCUUCGCUCCGCCCGAUCAGCUCUGCGGCAGCUGGCUCCCUUCCCAAACAAGUGAAAAUAGUUGAAGUUGGCCCCAGAGAUGGACUGCAAAAUGAAAAAAAUAUUGUCCCUACACAGGUAAAAAUCCGCUUAAUUAAUAUGCUGUCCGAAACAGGACUCCCGGUCAUAGAGGCUACCAGCUUUGUUUCUCCCAAAUGGGUUCCUCAGAUGGCUGACCACACAGAAGUCUUGCAGGGAAUUCAGAAAUUUCCUGGUGUCAGCUACCCAGUACUGACCCCUAAUCUUAAAGGAUUUCAAGCAGCGGUGGCAGCAGGGGCCAAAGAGGUGUCUAUCUUUGGAGCAGCCUCUGAACUCUUCACUAAGAAGAACAUUAACUGCUCCAUAGAGGAGAGUUUGCAGAGGUUCAGUGAAGUGAUGCAUGCAGCAGGAGAGGCCAGUAUUCCAGUCAGAGGGUAUGUCUCUUGUGUUCUUGGUUGUCCCUAUGAAGGAAAGAUUGCCCCAGCUAAGGUUGCAGAGGUAUCCAAGAAGAUGUACUCCAUGGGGUGCUACGAGAUUUCCCUGGGUGACACCAUCGGUGUUGGGACCCCUGGGAGCAUGAAGGAAAUGCUCUCUGCCGUCAUGAAAGAGGUACCUGUUAGGGCCCUUGCUGUUCACUGCCAUGAUACCUAUGGGCAGGCUCUCGCCAACACCUUAGUAGCACUUCAGAUGGGUGUGAGUGUGGUCGAUUCCUCAGUUGCUGGUCUCGGAGGCUGCCCGUACGCACGAGGAGCAUCAGGAAAUGUAGCUACAGAAGACUUGGUGUACAUGCUCCAUGGCCUGGGGAUUCAUACCGGAGUGGAUCCACAGAAGCUGAUGGAGGCAGGUGUGUUUAUCUGCAAAGCACUGAACAGAAGAACCAGUUCAAAAGUGGUUCAGGCUUCCAGCAGACUGUGACACGGAUCAGUUUCUCCUCCGACAAGUCAGUGAAGAAAGCCGCAGCGAGGAUCUGGAGUCUUGCCAAGUUUACAUUUGCUGUCUGGGUUGUUCUUAAAUAUUCCCUUUUGGGCUUUGGACUUGGUGCACGGGAGACUAUAUAUAGUAGAAUCUGCAAAGAAAUGAAAUAAACAAGAAUGCUAUAGCAGACCUCGAUGAACAUGUUACACAUCUUUAAAGAAAGGGGAGCUGGCCUCUGACAGCACUGUCAUGAAAUGGACAAACCUGUAUCUGAGGGAAGAGUAAGAGGGACACCGUUGCUUCUAUGCAGAGAACAGAAUGCGGUAGGCACCUUGGAAAUUUCUUUGAGCUUUCUUGAUGAGGGUAAUUUUUUUUUGGUCUGAGGUUAACCUGGAGCUCAGAAGAGCAUCCACUGAGGUUAAUUACCACCUCCAGGGGAUUGUCAUCAUAGGAGUAACACUACAGUGCACCCAGUUAGAGCACUUUCCUUGGGUCAGACAUGUGCUAGCUUCUCCGAACACAUGGAGCAAUCCUCUCCUCGCAUCACAAGCAAAAGUUACGAUUGAAAACGCAAGGAAGCACCUUUAUUCUGUAAAUCAGAGUGAAUAUCAAGGGUGCAGAUCUAGCUUUGGAUCUUAGCUCUUAGUAUUUAGUAGUGGAGGAUGGUAUGGGUCGUAAGAUGCUUUUCAGUUAAUUGUCAGUUGUGUUAGGGAAAGAUGCAGAUUUUAUCAUCUGAAAUAUUAGAGUAGCAGAAAUCCGGUGUAAUUAAACCGAGGGGGAGAACAACUUAGUACUAAAUGUGUGGCAGGAAAUCAUAUCAAGAUAACUACUGAGUGAGCAGCCUGCUAACGGGAGAGUGUGGAUGAAGUGCCUUAUGGUUACUGCACUGCAGAGAGAAUCUGGACCGGGGUUCUCAAACUUCAUUGCACCGUGACACCCUUCUGUCAACAAAAAUUACUACAUGACCCCAGAAUGGGGGACCGAAGCCUGAGCCUGCCUGAGCCCCACUGCCUCAGAUGGCUGAGCCCCACCACCCUAGGUUGGGGGGCCAAAGCCUAAAGGCUUCAGCCCCAGGCAGGGAGCCUAUAACCUGAACCCCACCGCACAGGGCUUCAGCUUUGGACCCGGAUGGUGGGGUUUGGCUUUGACCCCGAGCCCCUGCAAGUCUUAGCCAGCCCCGGCAACCUCAGUUUGAGAACUGCUGAUCUAGACCAACAGGGCAAGAAGAAAUUAAACAGAACUAAUGUAAUUUCUGUACUUCACUUGAAUUUCUCGUGUCAGCUGGAAUUGUCAGCCAUUCAGUUUCUACAGAACUCUUAUCACUGAACAAAUUAUUAUUUUUUUCAUAAAAAUAUGGAUUAUUAAAAAUAGCCUGAGCCAAUUACUAAUACACGAAGCUUGUAUUGAUGGCAGGUGGGCGUCUGUUUCAUGGCUAACCUCUGCUCACUAUUACGUACUUUCCACUGGGAUGAUCUUUACAGCACCUUUUUGCAAAACACGGGAAUCAUAAAUAUGUUUAUGUAACAUCAAUAAAUUUAUAUUUAAAAAUGA